AUGACUCUCCUGCCAUCUCCACUCGCCCAGUCCACCUUGGGCGAAAAGUGCGCAGUCUAUUUGGAUCACGUCAGCGACCAACUUCCCUUGUUCCUGCACUCCCUUCGCCCUCGGCUCGAUCCUUAUUUGACCUCUUCGGCCUCGACACUCCGAUCGGUCGCGCAGGCGCUGCCAUUCGAAGUCGACGAACAAAUUCUUGCUGUCACUGCUACAGUUCUCAUCCUUGUUUCGAGUGUGAUCGCCAUGAGUUGGGGAAACCCUUUCAACAAUCUCUGGCGGCGCUCGCCCAAUUACGCCAAUGCCCCGCAAGUUCGCGAUGAUGACUAUAGCUACAUCACCCCGGGCGAUAUCGUCGACCCUUCUGCACAGCCGGCCCGAUACGGUAAUCGGUAUGACGCCGGCUCCGCCGAGAAUGAGCCAGAUAUCAUCUGUCUCAAGCACCGGGGAACGACCUACCCGUUGCAUUUCCGACCCUACGCCAUCGACGAUGGGUUGUUGACUGUGGGAGAUCUACGCCACACGGCUGCCGCGAAGAUGGGUGCCAGCCACCCUAAUCAGAUUCGACUGCUGUACAAAGGCAACCUUUUAAAGGAUGAUCACCGAAGUUGCAAGGCAGAGGGUUUGAAGCAACAUUCUCAGGUCUUUUGUGUCGUUUCUGAAGCCGGAUCCUUGACACCAAGCGACGUUUCUGACCCCGACAAUGCGUCUGCUCAAGAAGUCACCAUCGAUACCGACGAAGUGCUUGGGCCAGUUAACUCCUCUGGCAAGAAGAAGAGCAACAAGAAGAAAAAGAAGAAGGCGGGGAAGCGUAGCGAGGAGGCUUCUGCGUCAGACUUCCUCUCGCCGUCGCCUUCCUCUGUGCCGCCCAGGCCCACCUCUGCUGGCGCAGGCACUCCGGCCCCUUCCCCUAACAUAAAGAUUCUCAAGACCCCACUCGAACAAGUCAACGCCUUGACCGCGUAUCUCCAACAGGUGUUGGUUCCGCUAUGUGAAGAAUAUCUCGCGAACCCACCAACAGAUACGAAGAAGCGAGAGUUCGAAUAUCGGAAACUGAGUGAGACAAUUCUGGCACAAGUGAUGUUGAAGGCCGAUGGCAUUGAACCCGACGGAAACGAGGUCGUUCGCAAUGCCCGCAAAGCUUUGAUUAAAGAAGCACAAAGCUGCCUAAACCGGUUGGAUGAAGUCGGCAAAGAGCAAUCCUAG